AAAACCAUUCAUAUAUUUGGUAAUUGGUGAAGCGCCUACUCCUACUCCUAGGAGUAAAAUAAGGGUGCAGAGUGAAGAGUCCAGCCUUUUAGUACAAGUUCUUUAUUUGACCCACCAAAAAAAGUAAAAGGGGUUUUUCCUUCAAAAAACCCCCAAUUCUAGGGUUUUGGAAAUCUGAAUUUUCUGAGAAAAAUCAAAAAUGGGGGUGAGACCUAAAUGUUAUAUGGAUAUUAGUAUAGGAGGAGAGCUUGAAGGAAGGAUAGUUGUGGAACUAUACAAUGAUACUGUACCUAAAACUGCUGAGAAUUUCAGGGCGCUUUGCACUGGUGAAUUCGGCACUUCUUCCAUUUCUGGUCUUCGUCUACAUUACAAGGGUUUGCGUUUUCAUCGCAUUGUGAAAGGGGCUCUUAUUCAAGGUGGAGACAUAUCUGCUGGUGGUGAAAGUGGUGGAGAAUCCAUUUAUGGAUUGACUUUUGAUGAUGAAAAUUUUGACUUGAAACAUGAGCGCAAAGGAAUGUUGUCCAUGGUAAACGUUGGCCCCAAUACCAACGGUUCUCAGUUCUUUAUCACUACUACUCAAACUCAUCAGUUCAAUGGAAAUCAUGUUGUGUUUGGAAGAGUAAUUAAAGGUUUGGGUGUUGUUCGCUCAAUUGAGCAUGUUGAUCUUGAUGCUGAUAAUCAGCCUAUGCUUGAUAUUGUCAUUGAGGAUUGUGGAGAAAUUCCCGAGGGAGAAGAUUAUGGUGUCAUCAACUUUUUCAAAGAUGGGGACACUUAUCCUGACUGGCCAUCUGACCUUGAUGUUAAAUCAGAUGAUUUCGAUUGGUGGGUUACUGCUACAGAAUGCAUCAAAGCUUUUGGCAACGAGAAAUUUAAGAAGCAAGAUUAUAAAAUGGCUAUCCGAAAAUAUCUUAAAGCUAUGCGGUACAUAGAUGUGUGCUGGGACAUGGAGUCGUUAGAUGGAGAAAAGAGUUAUUUGUUGAGGAAAAUGAGGUCUCAGUUAUUCACUAAUACUGCUGCCUGUAAGUUGAAGAUGGGAGACGUAAAUGGAGCGUUGUGGGACACUGACUUUGCACUUCGUGAUGAGGAAGAUAAUGUUAAGGCUCACUUCCGAAGGGGUCAGGCCUUUAUUGCUCUCAGUGACAUUGAUUCUGCAGCUGAAUGCUUUGAAAAGGCUUUGGAACUUGAACCAAAUGAUGGUGGCAUAAAAAAGGAACUUGCCGCCACAAAGAAAAAGAUUGCUGAUCGACACAAUCGUGAGAAGAAAACCUACACUAGAAUGUUUCAGUGAAGCUCAGGGGAGACUCGGUAGUUUCUAGGAGAAUUUAGCCCACCUUGUUUUCUUAUGUUCCUUCCGAUUUUUCCAAUGGUAAAUCCAAGUCCUGAGAUAUAGCAAACUUUAUCAUGUUAUUACAUGCAGGAUUGUGGUGCUGGUCUUGGAAACUAAGGUGCAAACUGAAAUCCUGAAACCGUUUUAUGUUUUUGUAGACAUAAAAGAAUUUCCAAUGAACAUCAUCGAACUAAUAUGAUUUGUAUACAAAGGGAAGAAGUUUGCUAUAUUCGAUAACAUAAAUGGUUUGAUGUCUUGAAUUUUGUAUAGAUGGUGAAAAUAGGAAAUAUUGCAAAAGCUCGAAAUAUAGCUUACUUUUGAUGUACAUCUUAGCUACUUGAGCCUUCUGAAAUGGAAGAUUCUUUUUCUUCGUUCUUAUUUAUGUUGAUACUUGUUUCUUGCA